AUGUCGCCAGGCCACGCUCUGAACUCUCUGAAGGAUCAGGCUUUGGAGCUAGAGCCUAGCGGCGGCGACUCGAAGAGUUUGCCCCUCGGCCAAUCAGCAGCGACGGGCCCGGCUAUCAAGCGUGGGCCUCCCGAACUCUUCAUCAACGGGUAUCUCGACCCCCAAGCGCUGCUAGUGCUGGGGCACCACGCUAUCCUAGUCCCAACGCCGGACUGCAGACUAGAUCCGGAUAGCACCUCGGGCAGGUCAUCUGGAUGGCUGCGCAAGACGGUCAGCGCACAGUCUCUACCGGCCGUACCUAUAACAUUGCCGGUGCCAGAGGUCAAAGAGCACUAA